AUGGCGGGGGAUUACGACUAUGUUUUUAAAGUUCUUGUUUUGGGGGAUAGCUCUGUUGGAAAGUCAAGUCUUAUCAAGAGAUUUCAUUCGAAUGUGUUCGAUCAAAAACUUCCCACAACCAUAGGUGUCGACUUUUUCAUCCACGAUAUGGAAGUUGAUGGAAAGAAAGUCAAGGUUAGUUGCCAGGUGUAUUUUUUUGCUUUACGUACUCAGCACGUUUCAGCAGCCUGAAGGCCCAGGAUUUUGCUUUACCACGCAUCCAUAAUGUAUACUUUAGUUUUAAAAUGUAGUUUGUAAGCUCGAGUGCAUAAUUACCACUCGAAAUGAUUUUGUUAAGAAUUGGUGUGGUCAGUCCUUCAGGGCUGUCAACCCCCCUUGUCUUCAAAUAUUAGUGUGUUUACCCAACAGGACGGCAGAAAGAAGAGGACGGCAAAACGCCUGUGCGUGACAAACGUGACAGGCCUGUUACGUAUGUGUUUUGUGGUUGAUCUUCACUUAAGUUAAUGUGGUCUGGUCUUUUACAAAAAGACUUUGUUAAAGGAGGGUGAAGCACGGCGGAAAAGUUGUUCAAACAAAAUUAUUGUCACGCUCGUCAUACAAAGUUUGCUGUCUUCUUUCUUCUCCUGUCCUGUUGCAUAAGUUCACUAUUGUCAAUAAUUGAUAGAGAUGAUAGAUGACGUCAUAACGCACGGCUCAUGACGUCAUCUGUGCAACAAAAUACUCGUUGACCCGGAUUGUCAUGACCUUGCCAUGACACAAAAGCGCAAAAGAGAUGUUUGUUGGCAUUGUUCUUGCGAAGUAAAUUAAGGUCUGUGUUGCGAUUUUAUGAUUUUGUCAGGCGUGCAGCAGGAACAACGCGCCAUGGAUCACCGAGCAAAAGUGUGAUCUUGCUUUGUUCAGAAAUAUGUCUCUCUAUCGGUUUGGGCGAAUGCAGUUGCCUAAGAACAAAACAGGGUGUGAGCAAAACCACCACAAACCUGACCCGAUUGCUUUAGCGGCUGUUUAAGAGGUCAAGAAAUGCUUUAAGCAAUAAAUUUCGAAGGUAGAAGUACCUUUUAUAGAAAGUGGAUGUGAUUUGGACCAUUAGCUUCAAUAAAAAAACAGCAGUGAAACCUUAUUGGUCAGCCAGAAGAGAGCUCACUUACUGCACAUGGGAUACUCCUGAAGUCAACAAGAGUUGUCGUGCCGUCAGCCAUGAAGCUGCAAGUUUUGGAUAAGAUACACGAAGGGCACCAGGGAAUAGUCAAGUGCAGAGAACGUGCAAAGACCUCUGUUUGGUGGCCUGGCCUCAGCUGUGAAGUUUAUUUAGUAGUGAAGUACGUAUUUCUCACGCUAUAUCGAGGUGGCUGCUAUGCAAAAGACCACCAAAUCGCAUGAAGUUAUCAGAGCCCUCAAGGCAAUUUUUGCAAGGCAUGGAAUCCCUGAAGAAGUAAGAAGUGACAAUGGCCCACAGUAUACAUCACCCGAAUUCACUCAUUUCGCAAAAGAAUGGGGUUUCAAGCAUACAACAAGUAGCCCCCGUUUCCCACAGUCUAAUGGUGAAGCAGAGCGUGCAGUAGAAACCACCAAGUCACUGCUGAAGAAAGAAAAAGAUAGAUCCAAAGGACUGUUGGCGUACAGGUCUACCCCGCUUGCUUGUGGAUAUUCACCAUCUGAACUACUCAUGGGAAGGAAACUGACAAACACCAUCCCAACAUUCCACACUGUUCUAAAUCCAAGUUGGCCAGAUAUGGACAAGCUAAGUGAAAAGGGAAGCAGGAAGCAAGGAAACUCAAAGGCUGAACUUCAAUCAACGGCACAAUGCCAUUCCCUUGAGAUCAGUCUAACCUGGUACUCCAGUGCACAUCAAAGAUAUGGGAACCACUGGUACAAUAGCUGGAGCAGCAGAAACACCUAGAUCCUAUUUGGUAGAGACAGAGAAAGGCACAGUGAGACGAAACCGUUCUCAUGUCAACCCAAUCCCUACCAACAAGCCAGCGUCGCCCAGUGUCUUGGACGAGCCAGUUUCACCUAGUGUUGAGAAGAAACAAGCCCGAGACAAGGCAUUGACUCCCUUGAAGCAACUCCCAUCACCUUGUCUUUCAUCUAGACUAAAGAGACUCAUUAGACCCUCUCUCAAGUUACAAGAGAGCCUUGGACUUUGUUGAACAUUGAACUUUAGUUUUAAAGACACUUUGAAACUUGUGCUUGAACUUUGUUUUUAUUUAGUUUCACAAACACUUAAUUAUCACAUAUGGUAGAUUUUAGUUCCAUACCCAAGUUGUAUGUUACUUUACAAUAUCUCAAAACGGAGAUAUGUUGUGUUAUUGAACUUUGACCUUUCAUGUGUCAUGCGUGUGUUGUUCAGUUUUUAGGGAUGCGCACUACAGGAAUAGAGGAGAAGAAUAACAUGGCAGUCUCAUGAACACACGCUGUUGUCUCUUGAAUAACUCGACAUGAAAUGCAUUUGUAAAUUCAUUUUUCACUGUCAAUAGCAGAAUUAUUUUCCUGAAACAUAUCUUUGAACUUGUGUUUAAGACAGCUUGAUCAGCUUUAAACGACAUUUGCCUGCGGAAGUUUCAUGGAAAAGGCCUUAAAUCAAAUGCUUUUCCUCACACUAGCCUAUUCAUCCUUAGUAGUGUAGUGGUGAGGAGAUAUCACACCAAAUGGAAGUUGCGGGGUUUGAUUCCUAUUUUUUUUAAACUUUUCUUUUUUUCUUUCUUUUUUUUCGUUGUUUUGUUUUGUUUGCUUGUUUUUUUUUAUAUUAGCCCAUCCUCUUUUUUUUUCUCCAUUUACCGUCAUCCGACCAACCCAAAUUUUUGGCAUUUUCAAAAGAAAAAAAAGUAACGAUGUAGUUACAGCAUUUUUCACUUGAAAUAAUUCUUUUAAUCUGAAAAAUGAGCAUAGUAACAGCAUAGAGAAAAACACGAACAUUUUUCACAGUAUAUUGUGCAUUUUGUUAAUCCAAAUAUGUGAAUGUUAACUUUUAACAUCAUCCUGGGGUACCAGGGCCUACUAUUCCGAGACUUCUUUUGAUUUUUUUUUAGGUUUUUUUGUUUUUCAAUCCAACUGACCGACCCAAUAUCAGGAAACCCAUUCAACGGUAAACAAAGAAAAAAAAGGGGAUGGCCUUAGAUAUAUUUUCUUUUCCCUAUUGGCUUCAUUCCCUUUCUUCCUACUUCUGGCCCUUAGCCUCUGCUUCACAAGGCUCUGCGAUUCACAUAUUUCUAGCAACAAAUGACUUAAUUGGUUUACUUCCCACCAAUUACAUUAUUAUAUAGCCUGCAUAAUACGAGUUUUAUGAGCCAACCGAGUCAAAUGCAGCAUUUUGUGCAAAGCACAAAACGAGCGCAAAGUGCAAGAUGUCUGAUGAAGAAAAAAUUGUAGUGCCUGUAAUCAGUCCAUUGUUCUGGCUCUUUCACCCACCUAUGCCCACAAAUAUUGACUGACGCUGGUGAUGUCAAAAGGACCAGUGAAAACACAUUCCAUUACUCCAAAAUUGUUACCAUUCUGGCUACCAGAAACACUGACAGCAGCAUAAACCACAGGAAAUAACAACUACAAAGGCAUGCAUGAAUCACCAAUAAUGUAAGAAUGUAAAAAUGAUGGAUUUGCUCAGGUAAAGUUUAGUUUAUGUCCAAACACAGAGGCGAGAAAGAACAGAGGGAAAACCUCCAAUUCCAAGGUCACAUUUCACAUUGUCAUGAGCUUAUGAGUCGUGUUUGCCCUGUUAACACUUAAUUUCAAAAAGUUAGUAAAUCAGGCUUUUUCCAAACUUAGUUGGAAGCAAUCCAAGAACAUCUUUCCUCUUUAGCAAUAUUUGUUUUUCCUUUAUUCCUGGAACAUUUGGAAAUAAAUGAAGAGUUUUCUUUUACAGCAUCAUCACAAAAACACGACUACAUGACGCCAUUUGUUUCAGACAAACAUACCAGAAUCUUGGCAGAGCAACAUGUCAUCAGUUAACUAAUUGAAGCUCAGCGUUCAUGUAGUAAAUGUGGAAAGAGCCAGAACAAUAGACUGGUAACAGGCCCUUUAUUUUUUUCUCCUCCCCUCAUCUCUCACUUUGGUCAAAAUGCCACAUUUGCCUUGCUUGGCUCAUAAAGCACCUGUUAUGCAGGGAUUAUUAUAUUACAAUGGCAUACCCGAGUUCAGGAAACAUUCGAUGUUAACAUUGAAAUAGCUCAGACAAAGCAAUAUUUUUGAAAUUUUAUUUGUCGGAAAGUCAAGCCUACUGAAGAAAUGGCAAAAUUCGGUGAUUAUCUGGGAGAUUUUAUACUUUGUCAAUCUGGAGACGGGGAAAUACUGUCCAAAAUCUGGAGUCUUCCAGAUUAUCCGAGAGAGUUGACAACACUGGUCCUGGGACUCUUCUCAUGAGAAAACAUGAAAUAUCCCAGUCCAGAAACAGUGUGUCCUAGUCCUUAAACCAAUGAGUGAGGCCCUCUUAGGCACAGUGCUUAUGUUGGAGCAAUCGCAGAGUAACCGGCUUACUAAAUAUCUUACUUGAAAAAAGAACUGCUCGUGCAGUGCCGCUGUCAUGUUCAAUUAUGCUGGGUCUACAGUCCCACAGUCUGAUGGUUGAUGAUGCUCAAAUCCAACUGAGUAAAAGUCAAGUGCUCCCACAGUCCCUGAAAAGUGAAUAUUGAGUGGCUAUCCCACUAAUGCUUCUGCAGUCCUGCACCCCUGAAGUCAAUGUCAAGUAACUAGUGUGCUUCUAGAACGAGAUAUACUAGUGGCCCAGCAAUCCUGCACCCCCGCAUUUUAUGUCAGAAUUUAUUACGCAAAUUGGACACUGCAGGAGCAGUUUUUUAGGUUAGAUAUUUAGUGGGCCGGGUAUUCUGCGAUAUAACUUGUAUGUCCCUAGUCUGAGUUUCAAAUAUGGUUGUUUCACAUUUUGUGAAGUAGGCCAUGUCCUUGUCAGUAUUCAACCCAUCUGUACGUCAUUUGUGGCCAUUUAUUCCAGUCUCAUGUCACUAUCUUAUAGCUAUGUUGCUUGUUGGAAUUUUACCCUAACAGGUCCUCAUGAGUUACUGGGUCAGGGAUUACUGUUUUUUAUUAUAUAAACACCAAUGAAAUACCAGGUGAGCUUUUGCGCAAAAACUUGAUAUAUCUUCACAUGUGAAAAAAUGAAAUAUUAAAUAUGAAAAUAUCACCGUUGCUAUGACUACAUAAUAAAUCGGGCCUUUCACACCAAAAAACUAUUACAGUGAAAUGGUUUGGUAGUUCAUUGGUGUUUAUAUAAGAAAGAUAACAUUACAUGACUGCUUGGAGAUACAAAAUUUCUCUUUUUGUGUUGAAGAAAUAUUUCACUCAUUCGCUGCACUCACUUGUGAAAUAUUUUACAACCCUCAAAGAGAAAUUUCAUAUCUCCUUGUGGCCAUGUAAUAUCCUCUAUUUAUCUUAUUAGCAAUAAAAACUUUACGAAAAGACAAUAUAAUGAAAUUUUUAUUAAAAUUAUCAUGGUAAAAAAAAACAAACAGAUAUUGGUGUACCUGUAGGCACUACUGAAAAAUCUUGCUAUCCCUGAUUGCAAAAAAUCUACAGAAACAGCAACGAAAUUAAACCACUUCACUAUUAAAACAGUGUGGGCUUCAUUGAUUCCUUUUGUUUUGUUUGGUUGACUAGCUUCAACUUUGGGACACUGCAGGUGAAGAGAGAUUCCGUCAAGGUGGUUUAACCAAUACAUAUUACAGAGGAGCUCAUGGGGCAUUAGUAGUGUUUUCUCUGACAUCUCUCAAGUCCUUUCAAAGUGUAAAGAAUCUUUGGAUAGAUGAAUUUUAUAGAAAAAGGUAAGAAAUGAACAAUCUUCAAGUCUAUUGUUUAUACAUUGUGUAUAAUGAUACAUUUUCAUACCUGCCAACCCCCAGAGUACAAAAAUCUGGAGACAUCUAGAAAUCUUUGCAUUGUAAGAAUGUCUGAAUACUCUCUGAAAAUCACCCGAAGGCCUUCCGAAUGUUCCCAACGUCGAAAACAGCGUGCAAAAACCGCACCAACUUUUGAUUGGUUGAUUUCUGACCAAUUACAAUACUCGACUCGUAAAAUAUGUAUCAAUUUGAUUGCUCUGUUUUACGUUUUCCGAUCGAGGACAGCUUUAAUAAGAGUGCUAAAUCCACUCCUUGUUUUAUUUUCCUUUUUGAUAUCUCCAAAAUAACAAAAUUAAUGAAAAAAAUUUGAAAAAGGCCAUGGUAGGUAUUUCCCAGGAGAUUUAGUGCUCUAACUUUUUUUGAUGAAAAAUUUGGAGACUCCUGGGAAAACCAGCAGAGUUGGUAGGUAUGCAUUUUAUAGUUGUACUGAGCUGCAGGUAGCUAAACUAAUGGAAGCAGGUGAGGUGAGAGGUGUUAGGAAAUUUAGCAGAUAAACAGAGUCAAAUUAAGCUCUGAAAAUUGUCCCAGGCUGUACUUGAAAAAUGAGCUUUUGACAGUUCUUUGUAACAGAAGUGAGGCCUUUUAGCAAACUUUCCCAGAAUUUCCCCACUGUGAUGAUAAAGAAAGAGAUAAUGGUACACUCUACCUUAUUUUAAAUAUUAAUUCUUAUGAGUACUUCACAUGUGAAGAAGUGGUGUUGGGUUUAAUCAGGUUGGACCUGUAGGUAGGACCUGGCCAAAGAUUUAAAUAAAAUUGAAGAAAACUAAAAAGGGUUCUAACUGGUUUUCUUGAAAACUGGCCAUCAUGACUAGUUUUUCCAAGUAAGUAAAUUUCUUAUGUUUGUUGGGUCCCAUUCUCAGGAAACACAUUUAUAUGUCAUGAAGUUGUUAUUUUGUCACUGAGAAAUAAUUGGAUUAAAGCCAACUGAUGAAUCAUCCUUUACAAAAUUAUAUCAGAAAAAUCUCUUUAAGAGAAUUCCUUUUAUUUUUCUGCUGCAAGAAAGUCAGUUGAAAAUAAUGUCAAGGUUGAUUUUGGUGCUAUGUUAUUUAUGGAUGAUAGCGACAUUAUCAGUACACUGAAAAGACAACAUUAUUGCAUGACUCAGUUAAGGUUUUUAAUCAUUGAUCAAUUAUAAUCAAAGAUUGGCACACCUCCAAGAACUAGGAUAACCUCUGGACAGCCAUACAUGGUGCCUAAUUUAAGAAGUAUCAAACGCAGAAGGUUUUGCUCAUAUUCUGGUUUAUGGGCCACACUUUGACUUAGCUUUCACCCAUUGAUUGCUCACCCACUUCAUGUGCACGCUGAACUGUUAGUGAUGUCUUACAUAAUUUUUUACUUGAUUAAUAUUUUUAUUUCUUGUUUUCUUUUUUACUUCUCUAGUGGUUCAGAUACAAUUAAAGUAUUAGUGGGUAACAAAUGUGACUUGAAAGAUAAGAGAGAAGUCAAUGAAGAUGACAUUAAAGUAAGUGUGAUUUUGCCUCUGACCCUUGAUGAGGUAGCAUGGCUGAGUCUUUAGAGCAGUGGACUUGCAAUAGGGAGGCCCCAGGUUAAAUAUGUUAAAUAUGUUCUUGUUAGCUGCAUGUUCAGCUCAUUUGUCUUGCUUGUAGGCCAGCUGGUUUGUCCACGGUCAUUUGAGAUUUUUACCAAAUGAAUUAUGUUCAUUUAAUUUAUUUGUUUCUGCUCAUUUUUGGGGCUCACCUCACCUCACCUCACCUAUCCUCUUUGUGCCUUGUGGUACAUACCCCACAAGGCCUUCACAGAGUCCCUCCACUUAUCUCGGUUAGCUGCAGCGGUCUUCACUUCCUGUGAGGACGGGCGACAGUGUUCCCUUGAUAAAGUGAAUUUUGUUUGCUUUUGGUUUCUGUAAUAACAGGGUUUUGUGGGAUAGGGUUAUUAGCCCUCAGCCCAACCCCCCAACCUGGAGGACCAGGGGACCACACUUAGUCUGGUCAUCCUUGGACCUGUUAGGCAUGAGUGGCCCUACCAGGAGUCAAAGACUCCAGCCAACAUAACGUAAAAUUCCGGAAAUAAGCCCCGGGGCUUAUAUUUUUUAAAGGCCCUUUUUGAGGGGCUUAUUUUUGGAGGGGCUUAUCUACAAAGGGAAAUUUGCGUUUCAAAAUCGAUUGGGCUAGUCUUAUAGCUGGGAAUAAAUCUACCAUUUUUGCUUUGUUUUACUUUAUAUUUGAGGGCAAUUUUCUGAAUACAAGCCCCCUGGGGGCUUAUAUCUGGAGGGGCGAUUUAAUGGAGGGUUUUCUGCAUUACUGGUUUGGCGGGCUUAUAUAUGGAGGGGCUUAUACAUGGCGGGGCUUAUUUUCUGAUUUUUACGGUAGAUCUAUGGAUCAUUGAGACACACAAACCACUCCACCAUGGUUAGGUGGUAGUCCCUUUGGAGUGGACACGACUUUACCUCCUGCCUUCAGGAAUAAAAUUAACGAUAAAAUAAAUAGCUACAUGUAGUAACCCCAGAAAAAUUGUUCAAAAAACAGUGACUAACUCAGUUCAAUUCUCCAUACACUGUAAGUGGAGUUUUUGUAUCUUAAGUUCAGAACACACCAAGGAUCUAUCCCUUAAGUAAGUCUUUUCCUUUCCCCACAAUGAUUAUGAAUGACAUAAAGGGUGAAACAUGGUGUGAGGGGCUAGAACUAGGCAGUGGGAUUGCGGUCAUAUGGCUGGAUAGAAUGAAAAAUAGCAGCGGGAUGCUUGUUUGAAAAAAGCUAUUGUGGACCCUCUGAAACCCCAGAUAUUUGUAUUUGCCAGGGGGUUAUCCCCAUUACCAUGUUCUUGGUUUCUAAUUUCCUACAUUGUUUUAAUAAUACUAUGUUUCACUAUUUCAGGAAUUUGCAGAUUUGAAUUCCAUGUGUUGGUUAGAAACAAGUGCCAAGGACUGCACUAAUGUGGAAGAAGCUUUUGAAACUAUGGCUUCCAAAUUAUGCGAGAGUCAUGAACAAUAUCUGUCUUUCGAGUCUGAACGUAGUGGUCCUGGCAGUUUUACUCUUCACGGUGCUUAUGGAGUGCCGGAAGAGAAUGAAAAUCAAGGUUAUUGCUGCAACUCAACAUGA